UGGCGCAGAGUCUACACGCUCCAGCCUCGCUUGCAACCAACAGUCUUUUGUUGCGCUCUCUCUCUCGUUGUCUUUGCUCACGGAGCCUCGGUAUCGAGCAAGGAGGAAUUGAGCAUCGUUGAAUUUUGGCCAACCGCGAGUUGAUUCUCGUUUGACCUGCGAUGUUUCCUUUGCUGUAGUCGCGUUCGACGCGAUUGAGGUUCCAUUUUUUAUUUUUUAUUUUUUAUUUUUUUGUGGAUUCGAGCUGAAUGUUUGAGAGGCGGAAAUCGCCUUCGUUGGGCUGCAUUUUGGGAGUGAUGAACCUGACGGACUUGUCGCUACGGUGCUUGUGUUCGCUGUGAGUAGAGGUCGUGGACUGUGUCACUGGGUUUUUAGUCUUGGUUUGUUAGAGUUGUGGCAACCCUUGGGUUUAGUCGUGAGUUUGGGGAGAGCGCUUGGUGGCCAACUGGUAGUACAUAUUUGGAAUCUGGCAAAGUUUUUAGAAAUAUUAUGGUCUCGUUGUGGAGCGCUUGAGUAGCCUCUUGGAUGAUUCUUCUGAAACAUGUCACCUACUCAAACACCCAUUGUGUGUAUUAGAAGGCGAAUUCAAGGUUGCUACCUGCUGGUCAUCGUCGUUUCCGGACGGUGAAAUUUUGUGCUUAAGGCGGGAACGGAGCGAUUUAGUAAAUGCAGACAGCAAGGUUAUUGAGGACAGCAACACAAAUUCUGAAAGUCGGUUGAGUAGACGGAAAGACUGGAAUAUCAUUACAUCAAGGAUUAUCUGGUCCAGGUAAUUGGGUUUCCUACUAGAUUGAGUGAGUCUCCCGUUAUCGGAGGCGCAUCCUGGUUUUUGUAGGACCAAUGGAGGGCACAUUUCGUUCACGUCAGGAAGACUCCUCUGCAGACCUAAGCGAAAUCCACAAUUCGCGAAGAAUAUUGCGCUCCUCGACUGACUCAGAAGCUGCCCCAUCUAGUCAAUCGUCACACAUUGAACUGGGAGUUGAUUCAACCUCCUCUGGGCGUUUCCCGGAGUACAGUCCGGGAUUAAAUGCGUGGUCGUUCUGUCUACCCCCACCAGAGUUGAGAGGUCUAGCAGCGUCAGCUACGUCCAACAACUCAGAACCGAGCUGGAGGACUGGCAGUCCCCAGCAUCUGAGCCCAAUUCAAAGAGAGAUUCUCGCGGACUUUCCAUGGUUAAGCGAGGAGCUCGAACAACGGAGUUUGAAUGCCGGUACAGGGACGCCUUCGUCUUCUGAAGCAAGCUAUCCUAGAUUCUGUAGCAGGUCCAACGAAUAUGGGUUAACAGGAGGUUCUCAGGACCACGAAUCCAAUGUUUCCUCCUCUGUUAGUCCUCUUGAGACGUCAGUUGCUACUCCCAUUGAUCACGUUGCGUGGGCACAGUCGAUGCUUGAACUACAAGCAACGUUUGAGGAUUCCUUACACGACGAAUCCCACUUCCAAGAGAAGAAGCCCAAGUCUUCUGGAUCUCAGUUUUCUGAUCAUGUAAAUGUUGAGCACCAAUCUAGAUCUGUGACGCCAGCUCAUUCGGAGACACCGUUCAAUUCGGAGUCGCUGUCGUCCUCCCUCAGCGAUGGAGAAGCAGAACUUAAGAAAGGGGAGGGGAAAGACGACAGUUCUAUUUGUGAGGAUGCUGCAGGCACUUCGGCUCUAAGCUCAAAGAGGAAGAGACCUGAUCGGAAGGAUGGGAAAGAUGAUAAAAGUGAAGACCAGGAAACCAAGAAGCCAACAAAUCGACCGAGGAAGAAAUUAGGCGUGAAGAGGGUGCGCGAGCCACGCUACGCGAUUAAAACCAGGACUGAUACUGAUGUAAUGGAUGAUGGUUACAAGUGGAGGAAGUAUGGACAGAAGGCUGUCAAAAAAAGCCCUCACCCCAGAAAUUACUACAGGUGCACAACUCUGAACUGUCCAGUUCGGAAGCGCGUUGAGCGGUGCUUCGACGAUCCGGGCGUGAUGGUUACUACCUACGAAGGCACUCAUACACAUCAGUCGCCUACUUUUCUUAGGAGUCCUGUGGGGUAUCCGGGGGGUUUGCAAGAGCUUCUAUCAACUCUAAGUCACCAUUACAGCCAAGCCGGAAACCCAGCUUUACCACGUUUUCCCAACCAAAGCCAUCUUGACCUCUCAAGUUCUGAUCGGCUCUAUUCAUCGGUUACGUCGCCUCUGUGGGGGUUGUCACAGCAAGAUGAUGGCUCAAUUCAAGACAACUUGAAUUUGUUACGAGCGCAGGAGCUUCUCAGAUUACAGCGAGAACCAGGCUGGGCGUCAUCAAUCAAGAGCGAACCCUUCCAGUUCGGGGCUCAAGAUCAUAUACACAAUAUGAAGAGGCCCCAAGAAGUUCGAUCAAUCAAAUUACCCAGCUCAAGUUUUUCAAACGGCAGUUCACUCUCAAACCAGAGUAAUGAAACAGGAGCCAGAUUGACACAGAGACAAUUUGAAUCACUCGGCUCUGCUGUGCCGGAGCAUCUAGGCAGCCUUCCUAAAGAUUAUUCUUCUUUCAAUAGUGAUGUAGGGCCUUCCUCUGAACAGCAGCCCUUCCCUCCCAUCUCGGUCAAAUCUUUUCUAGAUAGACCGCUUGUCUCUGAGCUGUUUAGUGCAGCGCCUAGUCAAGAAUCAACUGGAACUACAGAUGGGGGUCUUCUGGAGGACAUGCUUAGACCCACCAAUCCCACCAAUCUCGGCAUGUCCAGAUCAUGAACUUAGGAUUCUAGUUAGGUCCAUUCUUAUGUAUUUAUCUCGAAAAAUAACACACAUUUUAAAAUUUGAGCUUUCUCUGUUCUCAAAUUCAUAGUUUUACACUCGCAACAGAGGGAGAACUUUGAAGAGUCCCCUUAAGCAUGGGGCUGCAGCACAAUAUGUUAACAUUUGUCGUCGAACACGAUUCGAUGUGUUUUAUGAUUCAAGUCAACUCGUGUUCUCA